CCGGUUGUAAUGUCCGUCUCGAUGUUGAGCAACGACAUCAACGCUUAGUCAGUUUUGAACCACGGCGAGGCACACGCGUUUCGCUCCUCGAUAAUGUACAUAAAUAAAUAGUUCUAACCGUAGGACAGUGAUAACCAACUAGUAUUUAUUGACAAAGCCUAGCAAACGGAUUUCUGUUUCACCUUGAACUUAAGUUUUUUAUUUUGUGGUUUUUCCUUGUCCGUACAAGUGGCCAAGAUGACUUCAACGAUUUAUUUCGCGUUUUUUGUUGCACCACUCCUGCUAUGCUCUCUAGCGGACGACGUCGACCCAAACACCCUUAGGGCUGUGUUCGGGUAUUCGGCGCUUGACCAGGCCGCUCUAGUAGGAGCUGAGUCCAAUAAACAAGCAGCUACAGUCACUCCAGACAAUGGGACCCUCGUGGACCCUGACUACUGGGACACGGAGGAGUUCCAGCCAUCGACUGCUGAUUAUGACAUAUUCGAUUGGGUGUUGACCAAGCGUGUGGCAUCCACUUCAAACGCAAAUUUCCUUCUGUCACCCUUGGGCUUAAAACUGGCUCUGGCAAUUCUGACAGAGGCGGCGACCGGCUCAACGAGGUCUGAGCUCGCAUCAGCACUCGGCUUUGGACUCGACAGAACCGAAGUUAGAAGGAAAUUUUCCACAAUCAUAGAGUCAUUGAAGAGGGAGUCGCCAGAUUAUAUCCUGAACUUAGGCAGUAGGAUCUACAUGGGUGAGGGGGUCCAGCCGAGGCAACGGUUUGCAGCCAUCGCACAAGAGUUUUACAAGACUGAGUUGAAGACCACAAACUUCUUCAAGCCAGAGGUGGCUGCAAGAGAAAUUAACAACUGGGUAUCUAACGCCACUCAAGGAAAAAUCCCUAACUUGGUUGAGGCGGAUGAUGUUGCCGAUGUGAUUCUUCUGAUCCUCAACACGCUAUACUUCAAGGGUACUUGGCGUCAUCAGUUCGCACCAAAUGCGACGAAACCCGGACCUUUCUAUGUCUCCCCGCAGUUACAGAAGACUGUUCCAUUCAUGAAUGUGAAGGAUAACUUCUAUUAUGUAGAUUCCUCGCGAUUCGAUGCUAAAAUCCUCAGGUUGCCUUACAGGGGUAACAAAUAUGCCAUGUACAUCGUGGUGCCUAACUCGCUGACUGGACUGCCUCGCGUCCUUAACAACCUGAGCGAGCUCCGCACUGAGAUGAUCUACCUCCAAGAAAGGCUCGUCGACGUGAUCUUGCCUAAGUUCCAGUUCGAAUACAUGUCCAGAUUGGAAGGCGUUUUGAGAGAGAUGGGUGUGAGAGAGGCAUUCGAAGAUACUGCCUCGUUCCCCGGUAUUGCUCGUGGUCAGCUGUUGUACCAGAGACUGAGGGUAUCAAAGGUGUUCCAGAGAACUGGAAUUGAGGUCAACGAACUCGGCAGCGUCGCUUUCUCUGCGACUCAAAUCGGCAUCCAAAACAAAUUUGGCGAAGACUCCGAUAUCAACUACGAAGUGGUUGCCAACAAGCCGUUCAUGUUCUUCAUACAAGAGGAGUCGACGAGGCAGACUCUGUUCACCGGCCGCGUGUCUGACCCAGCGCUCGUCGACGGCGCCUUUAAAGCUUGCAGAACUAUAACAAACAUCCAUGACAUCAUGCGUGUUUACGUUUAUUUUGCACUUAUACUAACUCUCCAAGGCUUAAAUUGCAUCGAGAAACAUGUGGCACACUCCAGACUGAACUUUUUCGACAUAGACCUCCUUCGAUACUCCGCUGAGGAUAAAAGCGGGAAUGUCAUGGUCUCGCCAGCCAGUAUUAAGGCCACUUUAGCAAUGCUGUUAGAGGGAGCAGAAGGUGAAACAGCGGAAGAAAUAAGAAGAGCGUUAAGAUUGUCUCCUGUUAAGACUGAAUGGAGAGAGGAGUUGAAUUAUUAUUUGUUUUCUCUAGAGACAAACUCUUCAGGCGUCCUGCUGCAUAAUGCAAACGCGGUGUUUGUGUCAGAUAAGUUGAAGUUAAAAAAGGACUACGAUACAUAUUUGCACAAAGUUUACUUCUCAGAUGUAACUAAAGUUGAUUUUAAAGACGCAAACAAAGCAUCACAGCUUAUUAAUGUUUGGGUAAAACAGAAAACUAAUGGGCUGAUUCCGUCAAUAGUGGCACCUGUUGAUGUGAAUCCAUUAUCAGAGAUGUUGGUCACCAACGCUAUGUACUUCAAAGGCUUCUGGCGACAUGCUUUCAACCGACGCUUGACUCGCGGCGCUUGCUUCUACAACCGGGGCAAAUGUCAGAAUGUCCAGAUGAUGGAUUUACAAGCCAAACUGAACUAUGCUUAUAUUGACAACCUAAGGGCUCAUGCCGUUGAACUGCCCUAUCAGGAUGCACGUUACUCCAUGAUUCUGCUGGUGCCCAGGGACCGCGACGGUAUUUACACUCUGACCAGAGAUCUCCCGUACAUGAGCUUACCCCAGAUUUCGUACCUGAUGGAAAUUGAAGAUAUCAAGUUAUCACUACCGAAGUUUACAGUGGAUUACAGUGAAGACGUCGUUGCGGCUUUGAAGAAGAUGCGGAUCAACGCCCUGUUUUCAACUGAAGCAAAUCUCUCAUCUAUUUUCGAAGGUUCGAAACCCUACGUCAAUGGGAUAUACCAUAAAGUGUACAUGUCUGUAGAUGAGGAAGGCACCGUGGCUGCUGCAGCGUCUUCGGCGAUGGUGGUUCCUCUAAUUAAUGAUGGAGUGGAUCUAAGAGCUGACAGGCCCUUCGUUUUCUUCAUAAGAGACAAUUUGUCAGGUGUUGUGUUGUUUGAAGGCAAGAUUGAAGAGCCUAAUGAAUUUGUUGAAGUUAGUGCAAAUGGUAAACCCGCAAGGAAUACUUUAAGCUGGUACUGAUUUUGUAUAUACUUUAAAUAAAAUGGUUUU